UGUAUAGAUACUAUAUAGAUAUUACCAGCUGAACAAAUAUAUUAAGUAACAUUACUUACGGGGUUUUCAUUUUCAUUGCGUACACAAAGAUUAGUAACGAAAUUUAAUCUCAAGACAAACAUUACAAAUGAUGAAAUCUCUGAUUGCUCCCAACUUGGGAAUGCAGUGGAAAUUUACUAUGUAAUUAUGGUAGUAAAUGGUAUAUUACAAACAAAUAAUGUCUCAGUAAAUAGAUCAACAAACAAAACCUUGCACAAACAUAGUUACACAGAUUUAGAAUCUUAUCUUAACAACUGAGAGAACAAUAAUAUAUAUUGUUCUACCGUAUAAAACUAAUUCACUUAAUUACAAUAUUUUAAAUAAUAGACGACAUAGAUUCAUAUUUGAAAAUAUUUUUAUCAUCACAGAAACAAACAAAAAUGUCUAUAGUUGUUACCAAAAUGGAUACUGGUUGUGGAGAAUUUGUCAAAGACAGGAAUCCUAUUGAAACAGAAAACAAUGUGACAAACACAGAAGAUGAAGUCGACUAUGAUAAAUUACUGUCAACGGCUGGAAAAUUUGGGCUAUAUCAGAUUAUACUUUUCAUUUCAACAUUCCCAUUCUACUUAUAUGGAGUGUUUAUGUAUUAUUCACAACUUUUCAUGACUGAAGUUUCACCAAACCAUUGGUGCUGGGUGCCCGAACUCGAGAAUAUGACAGAGUUGGAACGAAGGACAUUGGCCAUCCCGCUGGAUAGCAACGCUCAUUUUGGCUAUUCACAAUGCAAGGUAUAUUCUGCCAAUUGGUCUGAAGUGCUGAGGACUGGAGUAAGGCCUGAUGAAUCUUGGGAAACAAUACCUUGUCAACAUGGAUGGGAAUUUAACAAAAGCGAGAUUCCUUACCCGACCAUUUCAAGCGAACUCGGAUGGGUGUGUGAUAAAAAUAGCUAUCAAGCCUCAGCCCAAGCCAUUUUCUUCAUUGGUUCUACGGUUGGAGGUUUCAUUGUGGGAUGGAUCGCUGACCGCUUCGGAAGAUUACCUGCUAUUGUGGUCAGUAAUGUAAUAGGAUGUGUAGCUGGAUUGGCAAGUACAUUUGCGAGGAACUUCAUCGAAUUCUCAAUAUGCAGAUUCUUUACUGGAAUGUCUUAUGACAAUUGCAUGAUGAUGGCGUAUCUUAUUAUACUGGAGUAUGUAGCACCACAGUAUAGGACAUUAUUAUCAAACUUGUCGUUUGCUCUCUUCUAUUCAGCAUCGGCAGUGGCCAUGCCGUGGAUAGUGUUAGCUAGUGGUCAUUGGAAAACUAUUUCCAUAGUCACGAGCGUACCACUUGCGCUUGCCGUUUUGUCUCCAUUUUUUAUACCAGAGAGUCCAAGAUGGUUACUAUCAAAAGGGCGCACAGACGAAGCCGUUGAGAAGAUUUUAACUAUAGGUCGAGUGAAUAAGAAAGAAAUACCGUUGAAGCUUAUAGAACAAUUUAAGAGCUCUGUAUCAAAUGCGAAAAAGGAGGAUAACUAUAGUGCUGUAGAAUUGCUGAAAAGACCAACAAUGAGAGUUGUUUUUAUAGCCAUAUGCAUAGUCUACAUGUGUUGUAUGAUAGCAUUCGAUGGAUUGAUCAGAUGCUUAAAGCAAUUGGAAUUUGAUUACUUCAUCUCAUUUUCGCUAGUGUCGUUUACUGAAUUCCCCUCAAUGGUUUUGACUGCCUUCAUUUUGGACUGGACAGGCAGGAGGUGGUUGACAGUGGUGAUGUCGAUGGCGAGUUGCGUAUUUAGUAUUAUGAUAGCUAUGGUUGAUGGUGAAAUAGCAUCCGUUGUGUUCGCUGUGAUAGCAAGAUUUUGCGUGAACAUAGCAUGCAGUGCCGCAACUCAAUGGACAGCUGAGAUUUUACCAGUAAGCGUUAGAGGAUCUGGAGUAUCCGUAGUACAUAUAUGUGGGUAUAUAGCGACAGUCUUAUCUCCAUACAUUGCAUAUUUAGAUACUUAUAUAUACUGGCUACCAUUAGUGCUGAUUGGUUGUAUAGCAGCUGGCGGUGGGCUCGUGGCGUUGUUGAUACCAGAAACUGCUAACAAAGACAUGCCGCAAACUUUUGAAGAUGCCGAGAGGUUAGUGAAGACAGCGAAAUUCUGGGAAGUACCAUUUUUAACAAAGCGAAAAAAGAAGGCUGACUUAGACAGAAGUUAAAUUCUCAACAAUCUUACUACAAAACAAUGUCCAAAAUUAACUUGCAAAACUCAUUAUCCACCCAGAAUGAAAAGUUUUUGACAAAUGGUAAAUGACUUUUAAAUAUGGGUAUUUCAAUUUAGACACUGUUUUGUGGUAAGGCCGUUAAAAUCAAAGAUUUAAAUAAAUUCCAUUCACGUGU